UUAUUAAAAAUAAAUAUGAAACAAAAUUGAAAAAAAAAUGAUACUAAUAUAAUACAAUCAAAUAAAAAGCGAUUAUAAAAAACAAAUUUCACAAAAUUAUUAACAAAUUACAAGAUUUUAAUUAACCACAAAAUAAAAUUUAACCUAAAAUAUUAAAUAUUUAUACCAUUUGGUGCAUCAAGGUUGGAGAUCAAAGAAUUUUAGUGUAAAAAAUUCUUGAAAUAUUCUAUUUUUACACUAAAAUUGGUACAAAUUAUAAUAAAAUGAUUGGAGGUGCUCUAAGUAGUCCACAAAGAAUUUCUUUUGAAGUUCUAUUUAAUAUGUCGUAUACCAAAAGUUGCAACUUUGGGUAUAUAUAGUAGUCCACAAAGAAUUUCUUUUGAAGUUCUAUUUAAUAGGUCGCUUUAAUGCUUAACACGUUUUGAUGUUGGUUAAAGUUAUUGAACCCCCGCGUUAUUUAUGCGGUGUCAUAGGUGAAACAUUUUCAAUAUAGUGAUAUUACUGCACUUACCGCCAAGAGUAAGCUUAUGGCACCAAAAAUUUCAAACCUGUAAGUCAUAAUAAGGACCGGUUAGAGAAUUUGUCAGAGUUCUUUGGAUGAAUUUUUUUUUUUUUUUAAAAAAAGAAAAACAAAAAGAGAGAAUUGUUCGAGUUCAAUUACUAGGAAGUCAAUAGAGAAUUUUCACUUGGCACUUGGCAGUGACAUUGGUUGCUUCCUCCUCCUGGGCUCCUACCAAAUACCAAUUCAGUAAAUUCGAUGCAAAAGCAAAAAAGGGGUCUUACGCGUACCAAUCACCCUUUAAAAAAAGGAGCCAAACUGUCAGUGUUUGUUCCAUUCUUCUAGUCCAGACGUUCGAAUAAAUCCCUUUUCCAUUUUUUAAAUAAUAUUUGGUUCUUUCAGUACCGGAAUUCCUCACUAUACCCACCGGGAAUAGGAAAACCACACUCCUCUUUUGUCCGACGAGAUGUCCGGCUACAGCCGGCAAGAAGGUGCCGGAGGAGGAGCAGGAGGGUGCUGCCGGUGCUGCUGCAGCUUCAUCUUCACUUCAGGUUUCACAGCUCUGUUCAUGUGGCUAAGUCUUCGUGGGUCAAAACCCAGUUGCUCCAUACAAGAUUUCUAUGUUCCUUCCCUCAAUUUGACCGACAAUUCGACCUCUGCCCGAAACAAUCACACUCUCUACUUCGAUCUCAGGCUUAAGAAUGGGAUGAAAGACAAAGGUGUUGGCUAUGAUGAUGUUAACAUCACCUUCUUUUAUGGUCUAAAUACUAGCCUUCCCGUAGCAAAUUAUACUGUCCAGAGGUUCUACCAGGGUCACGGCAAAAAAGCUCGCCGGAACGCGGUGGUGGAGACUCACGGAGUGCCGUGGGCGGCCGCUUAUGCCAACGUCUCAAACGGGUCCACGGUGACUUUCCGGGUGGGAUUGGUCACUCGAGUGAGGUACAAAAUUCUGUUUUGGUUUACUAAGAGACAUGGUUUAGUUGUUGGGGCAAAUGUGGAUGUUAAUGGAUCUGGGCAAAAAGUCAACAAGAAGGGAAUUAAGCUCAAGUCCGACGCACCGGAGCACAUUCGCCGGCCUGUCCUCAUCGGAAUACUACCGGUUGUGCUGUAUUUUUUGGGUUAGAAGUUGUGUACAGAAUUUGGAUUGAUUCAAGAAGCUAGCUACGUCUCUUUUAUGUUUUCUAGCUUUCUUUUCUUCUUUUGUUGUAAGGUUUAUAAUUAUUAGGGAGACUUCAGAAUAGGAUUUAGAUAAGCCUUUUAAGCAUUAUUUUAACUUGUUGUCCUUCUCAUUUCCCGAUUGGUUUAUGAAGACCCGUGACAUUUUCAGCUUAAAAACCUUUGUUAUAACUUAUCACCAAAUUUAAGUAUCACAAACCUUUGUUUUCGUUGCGGAAAUGGAAAGUCAAGUCGUCCACUUUGCAAGUGCUUGGGUUUUGACCACACAUGUCUCCUUUGAUGAGUUGUCCAAAUACUCUCGUUUUCCACAUCUUUUCGUACUUCUCUAAACUUACAAAAACGCCUCCUUCAUCAUAUUUUGAUAAUUUGUUAAAUUAUUUUAGUUCAAUAAGAGUAAUCUACCUUCCGUGGCAUAGUUCAACACACAAAUCAAUACCAUCUGGCUACUAACUUAGUAAGCCAAAAGAUAACUUUUUCUCCACCAUUCCAUAAUAUUUAGGAAAUCAAGUUCCAGAUACUAAAGUAAGGAAAAAUUUCACCCAAGCCCUUUGAAAUGGAACUUGGAAGAUUCAACAACCCUAUUGGAUCAGAGUUGAUAUUCUUCUUUUUUAAGCCUUUCACAAUCAGUGUUAACUGUUAAGAGAUCCACAUGAUUAAGAUGUAUACACCUUAAAUAUACUCCCUCUUAGUUCAAAUUUAUGUCUUAUAUUUAGAGUUGGAAGUAGUAUUGAUUGAGUAGGGAAAAUUAAUUAUUAACAGUACUCUUUCCUGUAUUAUUAGCAGCUGAUCUUUUUAGUGUACUAUUAUAAAAACAUUUUUACAAGGUUAUGUCGGCUUUAAAGCAGAGAGUAGCCAUACACUACUUCAUAAACCUAUUGUAGUCCCGAUUUAUACUUCAAUCUGAGAGGAUCAGCUUUCCUUAAUAUCUGUUGAUCUGCAGUAAAAUUUUUUCCAAAUAAAUAAAAAUGAAAAGAAAUGCACCAUCUCCAAUUCUUGUGAGUCUGUGAUGUAGAUUAGAACCCUUAUCAUCACUUUCUGAUGGAGGCGUAGACUUAGAAAUAUGUUAGGGUUUAAUUGUGAGGGCAUUUUAGUAAUUUAACAUUCAUAGUGAUUAGGGUUUAUUUUGUAGUUUUUCUAUUAAAAGGCUUUGGCCGGCUCUAUGGAUAGUUGUUGAUUUUUAUAAAAAGUUGAGAGUCCAUCUCAGAAAAUCCUAAGGUGUAUUGAACUUUGGUUCUUAUUUUCGAGUAUUAUCAGAAUGAACGAAUUUAGGAAGGUUGUUAUUUAGGUAUUUGUGCGUCGAAUCAAUUAAUUUCAACGGUUCAUAUUAGGUUACUAGUUCAUUCUCAAAAUCGGGCUUCCUCUACUGCAUCACUUUCCCCUAUGACGUAUGCAAAUUUUUUAGUGGAGAACCGGAGAU